GUCAUUUAGAAUGACCGGAUUAUGGAUUUCAGUUUUGGUCUUUAGCACCAUGUGCCAGUCUGGUAGACGCUGGGUUACUGCACAAUGCCCAGCUCUAGAUGUUUAUCAGUCUGAUGAAAAGCUCAGUGUGGAUAUCGGUAACUCGGCUACUCUCCAGUGUUGUGUUUUCGGGAUAGACGACGAAGAAAUGAUCUGGUUUAAGCAACAAAACAGAAAACAGCCUCAGAUUAUAGUCAGAUUCUUUAAAACUGCUCGGGAAACGUUUUACAGUGAAUUCCAAAAUCCUCGUUUCCGAAUAAAAAAACAUGGAAACUGCUUCAAUAUGACCAUUUCAAACACCACGAUGUCUGAUGAAGCCAUGUACUACUGUGCACUCGUGUUUGCAGACGGGACUUAUUUAAAAAUUAAAGGUGAGCAUGUUACUACUGCAUCAGAAACAUCUAAACCAGCUCUGUGUGAUAAAACACUGCAUGGUAAAGGCACGAACAUGAACACACAAGAGAAAAUGGUGCUCGGUUUGGGAACGGCUUUGGGUUUGUGUGCACUUUUGAUUUUCUGCCUCAUUUAUUUCACACUGAGGAGAAGAAAAUGUGAUAAAAGUAAGUGCUUUUGUCAUCAGAUAAUAAUUAUUUCAGUUGUUUUUAUUUUAAAAAACACUAAUAGGUAUGUUUCUGUAUUUAUAGUAAAUGCUUCUGUAGAAGAUUCUCCAGGAAUGAGACAGGAAUCUGAAGCUGAAACACUGAAUUACGCAGCUUUGCAGUUCUCUAAGAGGAAAGCCAAAGCUGAAAAAAAGAAAUCUGGCUCAUCAGAUGAGUGUGUUUACUCUGAUGUGAAUAGAACUGUAAGAUGUAACAUCAAUUAUUCAUAACACAUGGCACUAUGACACUGCAAUAUCAGUAAAAAUAUUUCAGCAAGUGAAAAUAUCUUGACUACAUGCUAUAUUUUCCUAUAUUUUCAUUGUGAGAUUAUAAUAUAACAACUACAGUAAAAGAUUUUUCAACAAAUAUGUUUGCUAAUUUAAUGUAAAGCUUGGCAGAUUAUGUAUCUGCUAACACAUAAAUUCUCAAAGCAAACUUGCUGUACAGAACAGUCCAAACAACAAAACAAACAAACAAACA